GGGUUUUUUUUUUUUCAGCAGGGUGGGAACAAAUUCCCACAAAUACACUCCAAAAUCUCGUACAAAGCCUUCCCAUAAGAGCAGAGGCUAUUACAGCUGUACAAAGGGAAAACCAACUCCAUAUUAAUGCUCAUGAGAUGUUCAUCAAGCUCAGGUGUCCUUGUCAUUUUAGGGCAUAUAGUGUGUUUUAGGGGCGGGCUCUCAGCCCAUGCGGUCACGUGACACGAUCAGGAAGCUGUCGCGUAAACAUUGUCCUGUUAGAUAUAUCAGUUGAAUAAAUGUGAAAUACGGAGAAAAUGUCAAUUGGGUUUUUUUUGUAUUCUAGUAAAGACGACACGUAAGAGGUGCUGGUUAGCUCGCUGUGCUAGGUGGUGUUGCUAGCUUGUUAGCUGCAUGGCUAGCUGGCUAGUAAACCAUCAGUGAGCAGAAUGAAGCGGAUGUUCCGCUUGUGGUUUGGAUCACCGGCUCUCUGGAUGUAAACAGAUUUAAGAUCAGUAUCUGUGAGACUCGGAUUGUUCAGGAGGAGAAAUGUAUUCGACACAGAGGAAGGACUUUGUCUCUGUGACUGUGGGCGAGCGCAGCUAUAAUAACGGAAAGCACCGGAGGCAGUCAUGCUGGAGGAAAUGGAAGCAGUUUUCCCGGCUGCAGCGCAGUCUGAUACUGUCUCUCUUCUCUAUUCUGUUCAUCGGCGGGAUCUUCUCUUACCCCAGCCUCUCUGAGCAGUGGACAGAUCUGUCUGAUGGAUCAGUGCGUGAAGUUAGAGAUGACCUGCAGAGGCGGAGUUUCCACCCCAUCCCUCCGGGUCAGAUCUUAAAACCCGUACCCGAGAUCAUAUACAAGGAGCCUCUUGAGCCACAGAGACCGAACCCCUUCGUCCUUCCCAAACCUCCAGCUCUGAAGAAACCUCAGAGCAAGCGUGGUCCUCCAGGCCUGCAGAAACGAGGAAAUGUGUCUGACUGGCAGGUGAAGGACCGACAGGAAGCAGCCCUCGGAAGAGAAGAAGAGCAGGAGGAAGAAACGCAGACAGUCAUUAGCUGGCGAGGGGCCAUGAUCGAAGCCAUGCAGGAAGCUGAGCCGCAGGAGGCAGCAGGAGCCGCUGAGGUUGAGGAAGCCGUCCCUUUACAAAUAGUCCCAGUGAACCCAGUGGAUCGGGUGGAGGCCGUCAGAGAAGCGUUCAGGCAUGCAUGGAAAGGCUAUAAAGCGUUUGCUUGGGGUCAUGACGAGCUGAAGCCUGUCUCGAAGACACACAGGGAGUGGUUUGGUUUGGGUCUCACCCUCAUAGAUGCCCUCGACACCAUGUGGCUUCUCGGCUUUAAAGAAGAGUUUGAGGAAGCUAGAAGAUGGGUAGAGACAGAGUUAUCAUUCACCAAGAACAUCGAUGUGAAUUUGUUUGAGAGCACCAUCCGCAUUCUUGGAGGCCUCUUGAGCACUUAUCACCUGACAGGAGACACUCUGUUCCUGGACAAGGCUAAAGAUCUUGGUUCUAGAUUAAUGCCUGCUUUCAAGACUCCGUCCAAGAUCCCUUUUUCUGAUGUUAAUAUCGGUAAAGGCACUGCUCAUCCACCACGCUGGACCACCGACAGCACCGUGGCCGAGGUCACCAGCAUUCAGCUGGAGUUUCGCGAACUCAGCAGGCUCACUCAGGACCCACAGUAUCAGAACGCAGUGGAUGAGGUGGUGAAGCUGGUCCACAGGCUGGAUGGGAAGCGCGAUGGUCUGGUGCCCAUGUUUAUCAACACGAACACCGGCAAGUUCACGCACCGUGGAGUGUUUACUCUGGGAGCCCGCGCAGACAGCUACUACGAAUACCUGCUCAAACAGUGGCUACAGGGAGGGAAAAAGGACAACACGUUACUGGAGGACUACCGUCAGGCUGUUGACGGGGUGAAGAAAAAUCUACUUAAACAGACAGCCAGUAAGCACACCUUUGUAGGAGAGCUGUCUCAUGGACGUCUCAACCCCAAAAUGGAUCAUUUGGUGUGUUUUCUCCCGGGCACGCUGGCUCUGGGAGCACAUAACGGCCUGCCAGCUGACCACAUGGAUCUGGCUGUGCAGCUGAUGGAGACGUGCUAUCAGAUGUAUGUGCAGAUGGAGACCGGCCUGAGUCCUGAGAUCGCCCACUUUAACCUGUACAGCCUCAACGGCCGGGAUAUAGAUGUCAAACCGGCAGACAGACACAACCUGCUGAGACCUGAGACAGUGGAGAGUCUUUUCUACCUGUACACAUUCACCCAGGAUAAAAAAUACAGAGACUGGGGCUGGCAAAUCCUGGAGAGCUUCAACAAGUACUCCAGGGUCCCCAGCGGAGGCUACACGUCCAUAGGGAACGUCCGUGACGCGGUCAAUCCCAACCCCAAGGACAAGAUGGAGAGCUUCUUCCUUGGAGAGACUCUGAAGUACCUCUUCCUGCUGUUCUCAGACGAUCCUGAUCUGAUCAGUUUGGAUAAGUAUGUUUUCAACACCGAGGCUCAUCCUCUCCCUAUCUGGCCUUCUGCAUCAUGACCUGUGCUGAAGCUUCUACAUGCCGGGAGAAUCCUCUAGAGCUCUUCAUCCCGAUCAGAGAGCGAGUGGAGCUCCAGCGCAGAACUUCAGCGCAGUCGGUUAACGGUCUCGUAUUGGCUUUUAACUGUACAUACACUAACGAGCAUUUUUGAUGGUGGUGAGAAGUCUGAUCUGUGGUGGUGAAGCAAACACGGAUCGGACUGGAAGGACGAAAUGGUUAAUCGUGUUAUAUGUAAAGGUUGUUUAUCAUUUGUCUCCAUCCACACACUUGCUAUUAGAGAUAAAACUCCAGUAUAAGUAGGUUAUAGCUGCUUGUCAUCCACAUUUUAGGGUUUAUCUUACUCGCAUAAGACGGCUCAGAUUACAUGCUGUAAAAAUACCAGGCACUUUUGAUUUUGCAGCAUAGAGUAUUACUUUGCCGGUUUUUUUGGGUUUUUUUUGUCUUCUUCUUCUUCUUGUGUAUUGACACACGUGAGGUUUUACAUUUCGUCUCGUUGAAGUGACAAGCUCUUACACUAGGGACCUACAAACACAUUUCUGAGUGUUACAUUUAUGAGAUACAGGAUGCAUUUAGGGCCGCGUUGAAUAGCGAGCCGUUUGUUUUUAAGAGUUAUAUUUUAUUUGAUGGCUCUAAGGCCCGGGAGAUUUUAUUUGUUUCUGUUCACUUCAUCUGACAGCUUUAGCACUUUAGUAAAAGCCCGCGACUUGAUUUAGUAGCGUUCCCUCCGGAGCCUCUUGAGCUGCAGCGCUGUUUUGUGUCGCGAUCCACGACUCCGCCAGCUGUGAGACGAAACUCGAGGUAGACGUAGGAGUCGUGACAAAAACGACCCAUUUUUAAAAAUGAUUUAAAGGAGCUCUUUGUAACUUUGGAUGCUUUUGCUGCCUGUGAGGUGAAUUGCAAUGCAAAAAAAAAAAAAAAUGACAAGCUUCCUAAGGCUGGAUUUAUAUUUUUGUGUUUUGGUGUGUCGGCGCGUCACGUACAGGUGUCUGCCAGCAUACUUGCAGUUAAAGGAAAACUCCACUCUGAAACACAUUACGUAUCGGAACGUUUGUGAUGUAUUUGUUGGUGCUGUAUUUUCAUCAUUCCUGUGAGAAGGUAGCUAUGGUGUGCCGUGCUGACGUCACACGGAGACAUUGCUAGCGCAGUCAUGAUGGAACUUAAUAGGAGAAAUCUUUUACUUAAUCGCAAACAUUCGGGAUAACAACGUGUGAGUCUCGGUGAGCUACGGUUACCCAUAAUCCCUUUCUGCGAGUCGUGAUGCAACUAUGCAGAAAUAUAAAUUGACCGUAAGUGGUUGGGUUGAGCGGCUGUGUUGCCACGAGAGGUGGGGCUGAUUUCAGGGCCGGAAAACUGCAUACAAAAGCCUGAAAUGAAGGAAUUGGUGAGAUCUAUUACAAGGCAAUAUUGUUAUUAAAGCAAUAGUUCUCAAAUUAAAGAUAGUCGGGGUCUUUUUUUUUCUUCUUCUUCUUCUUCUUUUUUUUAAAAUGAAUUCGUUAUUGAGUUAAACUGUUCACUUGAAAUGACUGGAUUUAAUCCAAACCUCAACACCCCAAAAGCGCAUCAAAUUUAGAAAUAGAAAGCUCCACUUCUCUAGUACAAAUGCUCCCUUUUAAACUGCACUCUUGGGUUUAAAACACCGUUUUUUACAACCAGGGACUCGUUUAACCGUUAAAAAAUAAAAUAAAUCGACAGACCCCGUCAGUACAGAUUUAUUUUAUGGAUAUAAUUAUAACUAUUCAAAUAUGAGGAUUAUUACUUCGUUACUAAAUUCUAAUUAGUUCUUAGGGAAUUACUCAUUAAUGAACUGUACAUAAUGAUUUAUCGGUAGUGUGUUGGAGCCGUAGAGCGUUUUUUUUUUUUUUAUUCCAGAACUUUCCACUUACAGCGCACGUCUUUAUUUAACUUGUCACUAGAUUUAUGGUCAUUAUGUAAAAUUCUCAUUAUUGAGUUAUUGAGUCUUGGAUUCAAUCCAUUCGAUUCUAGUGAUCAGGCGAAUAACUCAAAGAAAGAGAAAAAGAAAAAUCUUUGGCGCUAAACCACUCAACUAAUGAGUCCUUUACUCAGCAGUAAUCGCAGCUGUUACGGAUGUUUAAGAUAAUUUAUUCGUUGACACUAACUCGCAUUGUUUGACACUAAAGUUCACGACCUAACAAUUUGGCAACAAUAAUUACGAUCGAUAUAAUGUUUUGGUCAUAUUUUUUGCUGUCAUGUUUGUAUAUGUAGGAGUGUUUGCCAAAAAUUUGGAACAUGUGGGCGGGGGGGGUUACAGAUAUAGCCGUUUCAUGUGCAGUCAAUUUCAUUCCAGUGUUUGGCUCGUUCAGUCGUGGCUCACGUCAUGCUUUUAUUUAUUUAUUUUUAUACCCUGUCAUUUCGGAGGUUUAUCUGUGAUAGGUCGCCGUGUGCUCUAAACCUCCUGAAGCGCUAAGCCUUUAGCAAAAUAGAAAAUUUCCUCGCAUUGUAAUUUAUUGCAGGAUUGAUCGACAGCGCCGUCCUGCCUACUCGUUCACAGCAGGGUGGAAAACUCUCUCGAGAGAGAGAGAGAGAGAGAGA